UGGAGGACCUUCUACUGUUAGAGAAACAAUAUUUUCUCCUCGUAAGAGUACAAAACCUAGCACACGUUUAUCUUCUCUUUCUGGUUGCUUCGUAUUUUUUGGUUUAAUUUUACGAAAUUCCUCGCAAUCUCCAAGUAUAAGAUUCAUAUGUUUAUCGAAAGCUUUAAACGUGCCAAUAAAUGUUCUAGAGUCUUGAAGAAUAAUUCUGACUCUGUAAUUAAUAUGUUGUAACAUCUUGUUAUUCUUGCCGAUCGUCUGAAACGAAAAAACCGUAUUGUUAGGUUAUAAUGAUAUUACGCUUGUAAUACUACAAAUACUUGGGCUUUGUUAUUUUAUAUUUACCAUUUUGAUAAUAUACUGGUCCUUAACUUUUACGUAUCAGAAAGAAUUUAUCUGUUAACUUUUAUGUGAACAAUUACGGAAAUGAAAAUAUCUUGGCGGCUUCACCUUCGCCGGAUUUGACUGUCGCUCAACAACAAAACUUUACCACAUGAAUAGAUGGCGUUUUGUAUAUGUAUGAUAUACGUUCUUAUCCUGAACUGGCUAUGAAAUCCCUAGUAACUAGAACCUAGUUCCUUCUUUAGUACUGGAUUGCUUUAUGUAUGAAUUAUAUUUAGUAUGAUAUUGCUUUAUGUACAACGAUUUUCCACCUUAAUUUUAUGUUUGGUGGAUUAGUGCUUGUAAUAUUUUCAACUAAAACUUUAUAAUUAUUUGUCGCUAUUUUCCAAUUACGUUGAAAUUCAUUACUGUCGGACGAUUUUAUGUUUUUGAUUAUAAGCUUCCGUUAUCAAGGAACUUGUACCAAAUAUAGUUUUGUUCUUGGGUUUAUGUAAAAUGCCGGGACUAGACAUUAUUAUCGGACGCAUACGAGCGAGAAGCCGUAUCAGUGUGAAUAUUGUAGUAAAUCGUUUUCGGUGAAGGAGAACUUGAGCGUGCAUCGUCGUAACAACAGAAUAAUUAGAUCAAUGUAUGGGUGAUUAUCAUGGCAGCAGUGAAAGCAAAUACAUCAACAUCACCUUCUGUUGAAUUAAGUUCAUAUCGUGAUCAACAUUUUAAGGGCUCGAGAGCCGAACAAGAUAGGUUAUUGAGGAAUUCUACCACUUUGUAUGUUGGUAAUUUAUCUUUUUAUACUACAGAAGAACAAAUAUACGAAUUGUUUUCAAAAUGCGGCGAUAUUAGGCGAAUUAUAAUGGGUUUAGACAAGUAUAAAAAGACACCUUGCGGUUUCUGCUUUGUUGAAUAUUAUCAAAGAGCAGACGCUGAAAGCUGUAUGCGGUACAUCAAUGGAACACGUUUAGAUGACAGAAUAAUCAGAACAGAUUGGGAUGCUGGUUUUAUUGAAGGCAGACAAUACGGAAGAGGAAAGACUGGAGGCCAAGUGAGAGACGAAUACAGAUCAGACUUUGACAGUGGAAGAGGAGGAUUUGGUAAAAUAAUGCAGCAGAAAGUGACACCAAUUGCCGAUGGAGGCUUUGGACGUUAAAAUUUGGAUUGUACACGAAUUCCGGCUCAAGAUUUUGUAUGUGUAAAUAAGCUAUAAUAGUAUUC